AUGCCCGAAGACGUCGAGAUGGAAGGCCUCCAACCCACGCCCAUCUUCGCCUUUACCGAAAUCGAGCAGGCGAUGAAGGACUCUGUCGAGAAGUUCGCCAACGACACCAUCCUACCCAAAGUGCGAGAGAUGGACGAGUCGGAACACAUGGAAGCCUCCAUCGUCGAGCAGUGCUUCGAGCAGGGACUCAUGGGCAUCGAGGUGCCUGAGAAGUAUGGAGGAGCCGGGAUGAACUUCACCGCUGCCAUCGUAGGGAUUGAAGAGCUAGCACGAGUUGAUCCAAGUGUCAGCGUCAUGGUCGACGUCCACAACACCCUCUGCAACAUCGCCAUUAUGAAAUACGGCUCGGAAGAGAGCAAGAAGAAAUGGCUCCCCAAACUCGCAACCAACACCGUCGCCUCCUUCUGCCUCUCCGAACCGGGCUCCGGCUCCGACGCUUUCGCCUUGAAGACCCGCGCGGAGAAGACAGCAGACGGCUACCGCAUCAACGGCAGCAAAAUGUGGAUCACCAACGCGCUGGAAGCCAACUUCUACAUCGUCUUCGCCAACCUCAACCCCGAAAAGGGCUACAAGGGUAUCACCGCCUUCGUCAUCGACGGCAAGAAUACCAAAGGCUUUCAAAUCUCGAAGAAGGAGAAGAAACUAGGCAUCAAGGCCUCCUCCACCUGCGUCCUGACCUUUGACGACGUGGACGUGCCUCGCGACGCUCUUCUCGGCGAGGAGGGUCAAGGGUACAAAUACGCCAUCGGCCUGCUCAACGAAGGCCGCAUCGGCAUCGCAGCCCAAAUGACGGGCCUCGCCCUCGGCGCCUGGGAGAACGCCGCCCGCUACGCCUGGAACGACCGCAAGCAGUUCGGCACGCUCAUCGGCGAGUUCCAGGGAAUGCAGCACCAGCUGGCGCAAGCCUGGACGGAGAUUGCAGCGGCCAGAGCGCUGGUGUAUAAUGCGGCAAGGAAGAAGGAGGCUGGCGAGGAUUUUGUGCGGGAUGCGGCGAUGGCGAAGUUGUUUGCGAGUCAGGUGGCGGGCAAGGUGAGUGGGCAGGCGAUUGAGUGGAUGGGGGGGAUGGGGUUUGUGAGGGAGGGUUUGGCGGAGAAGUAUUGGCGGGAUUCGAAGAUUGGGGCCAUCUAUGAGGGGACGAGCAACAUACAGUUGCAGACGAUUGCAAGGCUGUUGCAGAGGGAGUACACGACUUAG